UAUGCGUUUACUAAGCAGCACUCAGCAGGCACUUCUCUAAAUUUGUGUUCAUCAUUAUUAUUAUUGAAUAUUGAAUGUUAUGGUUUUUUCUGUUACUUUUUGUCAAAUAAGUUUGACCUUUUGAGUUGAUUUUAAGAGUAUAAAAAUGCAUUGUGGCUCUUAAUCCUCGACCCUAUGAAUAAAAUAUGAAAGAAGAUCCAGAAACAAUGUCAUCUCCAGGAUAUAUGGAUUUUGAAAGAGCCAGAUUUCCCUUUUGUAUAGUUUGGACUCCCCUUCCUGUAUUAACUUGGCUUUUUCCAAUUAUCGGCCAUAUGGGAAUUUGCAUGUCUUCAGGAGUCAUACGAGAUUUUGCUGGACCAUACUUUGUAUCUGAAGAUAACAUGGCAUUCGGUCAACCAACUAAAUAUUGGCAGCUUGACCCUGCUUUGGCUAGAGGGGGUAUCACAGGUUGGGACUCUGCAGUCAUAGAGUCAGCUGAAAUCUAUAAAACCCGACUGCACAAUAUAUGCUGCGAUAACUGUCACUCUCAUGUAGCAACAGCUUUAAAUUUAAUGCAAUAUGAAGGAUAUAACAAAUGGAAUAUGGUUAAGCUAGCGUUACUCAUAACUUGGCAUGCUAAAUAUGUUUCCUUUACUAGUUAUUUGAAAACAUGGCUACCUUUUUAUAUCUUAGUAUUAUUCCUUGUGUUAUUAUGUAUAUUUGUUUAGUUUAAUAAUUUAUUUGUUUAGUAUUAAAUAAAAAGUAUUAUUAAAUAAAUAAAACUAAACGUUUAA